CACCGCAACUUCUCUGUAUUUCAGCAGUUAUCAGCAGUCAGCAGCAGUUUAAUAGCAGUUACAAGCAUCCAGCAUGCAGCGCGCCGUGUUGGCCUUCUGUCCGCAGGCAGCUUUCUCGCCUGCUCGUGCAGCGCGACACCUCUCCUCCUCCUCCUCCUCCUCCUCCUCCCCCCAAGAAGAUCAAGACCACACCCCCGCCAUCCCGGCCCCGGACCUCUACAAUCGCUCGACCGGCCGCGCCACCAUCUCCCCCUCCAGACCUGUGCCAAACAUUUACGUCAACAAAUGGACUCUCGAAGGUGGAUAUACCGACCGCUUCCAUCCCCACACUCUCAUCGGCAAGAGCUCGCUUCCCAGCGUCGAUAUCCCGCCCUACAUCUCUGCCCUCAUCGGCGGCACUCCCCAGAAAAUGAAGGACCUCAGAGCUCAGGUGCAGGUCAUCUACGAACGUCUAAGUGAAGCCUCCCGUUUCCCAAACACCUUCACCCGCGACGGCACCCCCCGCGACGACAACUUCCCCCACCGCAAAGCAUCCCGCUUCGCUCCUGCCAUAAACCCUCCCCGUGAGUUUGUCGCCGCCUACAACGCCGCUCUCGUGCCUCAGAACUUCACCGCUGCAGUCUACGCUCUGUCCGAGGCUAGGCGCAGACUAGGUCCCUCCUGGCGACCAGAACGCGUGCUGGAUAUCGGCCACGGACCUGCCGUCGGUCUUCUUGCUCUUGAUGAGGUUUUCGAGGAAAGCCCGACUUUUCGUCCGAAAUUUGCAGAGUGCACUAUCAUCGGAACUACCAGGAUGUUGAAUGCAGCACGCGAACUGCUUAAUUCAGAAUAUACAGAGGGUCUGGACGCAGACCCUACUAAGCCGCCACCUAGAGCGAAGGAGGCUGAUAGCGCCGUUGAAAAGGCUGAGGAGAAGGUUGAGGUCGAGGAGAAGGCUGAGCAGAAGGCUGAGGAGACAAACCCCGUGGGCUUUGAGGGAAUAAACGACGACGAAUCCUUCAAUGAUAUAUUCGCCGAAAUCGACACUCCAACCCGCCGCACCAGCCUCUGCAAGCGCUACGGCCCCGUCAAAUUCACACUCAACAGACUGCCCAAACCCACCGGCGGCAACUUCGACCUCAUAAUCGUCAACCAAUACCUCCUCUUCCCCGCCGAAGCCAAGUCCGGCGAAUCCGACAAGCGGCUCAAAUCUAUCCUCGAGCUGCUCGCGCCCGGCGGCGUGCUUGUCUUGGUCGAGCGCGGGAAUCUGCUGGGAUUUGAACGGAUUGCGCGCGCGAGAGAGAAGAUUCUGCAGCCAAAGUCUGGGAGACUGGAUGGGAUCCCUGAAGAUAUGCUCCGGGAGAUGCACGCUGAUACUCUAAGCAACAGUCCUCCGCACGGCGACCCGAAAGAGUUUACGAAAAGCAAGGACGAGUCGAUCAUCGAUUUCGAACCCUUGCCAGAAGACGAGGUCACCGAAGAAACAAUCCUGUCGGAACAAGAGCUGCGGAAACUGCUCGAGGGCGCGCAGAAAACCACAAUGGCGAGCGUUCGAUCAGACUUGCGCGUCAUCGCGCCUUGCCCGCACCAAAACCACUGCCCCUUGCAACUGCGCCAUCUGGACGAAGACGCGAGGCGCAAGGAUUGGUGCCACUUCCCGCAACUGAUGCAGAAGCCAAAGUAUCUGCUCGACCUCAAGCGCGGCAAGCAGCUCGCGUCGUCGUGGUCCAGCUCAAAGAAGAAAUUGAACAAGCCCGGAAGUCUGGCGGGUAAAGGCCGCAUCGGCUCGCGCAGCCACGAGCUCGCUCAGGUGUCGUACCUCGUCGUGCAGAAAGCCCCCGAGCAGUCUGCUGCGGAAGAGCUGUUGCCAGAGAAGAACUCGGUUCUUGAGGAAUCGAUGCGAUGGCCCCGACUGAUCAAUCAACCUCUCAAGCGCGACAAGCACGUCUACCUAGACAUGUGCUCUCCGCACGGCUUCAUUGAGCGCUGGACGGUCUCCAAAGGAACCAGCCAGCAGGAGUACCACGACGCGCGUAAGGCAAACUGGGGUGACCUCUGGGCGCUGGACGCAAAGAAGAAACUUCCGAGAGAAAUCAAGCAAUCCUCGCGCCUGCCAGAGCCGUACGAAGUGCGCAAGUCGAAACGCGAGCAGGCAGAGGAAGAAGCCGCGAUGACGGCGAAUAUGCCCGAGGGAGCGAAUAUUAUGGGCGGUAGCUCGGUCGAGAAGAUAAAGAAGGUGGCGCAGAAGUAUAUCAAGAAAGAACAGGCUGCGAGAUCGAUGGAGGAGUUGGAAAAGGAUCUCGAGGCGCGGCAUCGUGAUCAUGGACUGUCGCGCACGACUAUUUUUAAAGCUGAUCCGGAUUAUGAGAUGUUUGUGGAAAAGUACGGAGAGACGAUUACGGAUGAGUACUGGAGCGGGAACUACAAUUUAUAAUGUUGCAGAUGUAUAUACUAAACAGAUACCUCCUUGCUCGAUAACUACUUCAUCUAGUGUUGCAGAUUGUAUAUACUAAACAUAUAUCUCCUUAGUCGACGACUAUUCAAAAACUAUCUAGUGUUGCAGAUUGUAU